GUAAAAUUGAUAAUCUACACAAGAUUUUUAAAGAAAUUGAAGAUGAAAAAGACCGAAAGAUUGCUGAUCAACAAAAAGAACUCCAAACCAUCGAGGGGCAAUUAACAACUUGCCAACAAGAAAAAGAUGAUUUACAAAAACAAUUGGAUAACAAAAUAACAGAAUUGGCUAAUUCUAAUUUAUCUCAAGAGCAAAAGUCGCAACAAAUAAUUACUUUGGCUUCUGAAAGUCAGAAACAAUUUACAGAAAAUUGUCUGAUUGUUGGGGAUUAUUGUGAUUAUGUUGUUCUUUUUUCUUAUAUUUCAUGUUUGGUUUAUUCGGAUGGCGUGGAGGAAAAAGGAGAAGAAAGAAAAAGCGAAGUCGGGGUGUUGUCAGCAGAAGGUUUCAAUACGCCUCUGCUAUAUGUAUUAAGAGAGGGAAGAAGAGGUGAGAAUUAUCAAUGUUAUGCUUCACUUCCAUUGAGUUUCAGCCAAAAAGGAGGAGUUGGUAAAUCCACUCUGGCUCAAGCAUUAGCGGUGGAAGCCAAAAAGCAGAAAAUUAAAGUCCUCUUGGCCGAUUGUGAUUUCCAACAAGGAACUAGUUAUGAAUGGGCUAAAAUAAAAAAAAACAUAGAAUGUCGCUUAUUUAAUCAAGUUAAAGAUAUUUGGUCUUUAAGUAAAGAUUAUGACUUGAUAGUAAUCGAUGCUCCAGCCCGCACUAGUCAAGGAACCUUGGAAAUAGCCAAAAUGGCUAAUUUACUAAUCCAACCCACCGGAGCCAGUCGAGCCGACUUA